UAAAUGUAAAACAAAGAGAAUUCAAACUGAAACAAGAUCAAAUGUACAUUUAUUUCACUAAUCUGUGGUUAUUGAGAUUGUUACUCAAUUAGAAUUAAAAUGAAUGAUGCUGAUUUAAUUUAUAUAGUAAGAAAUUACGAGGAGUUGUAUAAUGUGCACCAUCAAAAUUACAGUAAUCAACAACGACGUGAUAAUAUAUGGGACGAAAUCGGAGAACAACUUUGUAUAAAUGGUAAAAUAUGCAGAGCAAGAUGGCAUAAAUUAAGAGAGAAUUACCGUAAAGCUUUAAUUCUUAGAAAAACAAAAAGCGACCAGGGCGCCUCCAAAAUCAAACCACCGAAAUAUUAUCGAGAACUAAGUUUCCUUACACCAUAUUUCAAUGAUGAUGAAAUUACUCGAUUUAACAUACCAGAUGUUUCACAUACUAGUAAUAUACGAACAUCGGAGCACGAAGGAAGCCCUGAUUACACAAACGAUUCUCCUGGGGGCGGUGGCGAUUCACAGAAUUCAGAUUCAUCAUUAUCGAACAGAACUUCCAAUUCUCAAAGACGCAAGACUAAAUCCCUUAGAGUACCGCCCCCGCCAAUUAGGCAAACUACUGCAGCGGCAGUUUUAAAGGAUUAUUUAUCAAGAACGACACAGCGCAGAAACCCCGAAACUGACACACUAAUCGAUUUUUUCGUCACAAUGGCCAAAACCGUCGCUAAAUUUCCCGUUCAUAAACAGUUGAAAAUUAAAUCUCAACUGUUUAAAAUGGUCCACGAUGAGGAGAUAGCAGAAGCAAAUGCGGUAAGGGCCGCCCUCUAUUGAAGCGGAGCGGCGCCAGAAUGUGCGCCGUGGGUACUC